AUGAAGUCAUUUGUGAAUAAGCCAGGUACCGGAAAAGCUGAGUUUAACAAUGUUCCAUUUGAAGAGGACCCUACAGAAUACAGGACAGUUCAGUAUUAUAUUCAAGCUUUGUUAAAGAAAUAUCCAAAUGAUAUUGAUCGCCUGGUCAAAUGCCCUGAGAAGCUCGACAAAAAUAGCUGGAUUUAUGCAAGCUUCAGACAAUUCCUUAAAGAAAUAAAUUACUUCGCUUACGAACAUAGAUUUGUUAGUACAGCCGAAACAAUGCCUAAAAUGCAAUUUACAAUCAACGGAAAUUUCGUCGAAUGCAGAUCCGCUGCUAAAAAUCCACCAGCUCCUGUUCCAGCUAUAGAUUACAUCACUCAAACUGUUGAUAUGGCAACAGUUGCUAUCUUAGACCAAACAAAGUUCCCAUCAGGUGUUAUCAAUCCUGAUGGACUUAAUCUUAUUAUGACAUAUAUGCGCCGUCUUUAUCGUGUUUUUAGCUAUUCUUAUAUUUGCCACAGAGAAGUUUUUGAUGAGCUAGAAGAGAAAACACAUUUAUGUGAGAGAUUUACAAGAUUCGCUCGCGAGUUCAAUUUGAUCCAAGCUCAAGAUAUCCACAUUCCAGACUCAUAUUUCGAACAAAAGAGAAAUCAGGAGCAGCAGCAACAGCAGCAAUAA